ACGAUUGCGUAGGCAAAUCCCUCAGAUGGGAGGCAUGCUCUUGAAGACGAACAUUCUGAGAUACUGAAAUGUGUGCAAUUCGAUUCUGCCCAAAAUGAAAUAGUUGAAAUCGGGUCGAAUGUAGAAGUGGUAGAGAGUGAUGGAAUUAGUACGGAUACAACAGAUAUGGGAAAUAACGAAGCUCGUCCGAAGCCACAGACAGUGAGAAGAACUCAAAAAACAAUUCGUAAAACCAAAAUCUCUAAGCGACCUCAUGCUUCACAAAUUAAAAACACACCUACGAAUAUUAAAAGUCCAAAUCCUUCGAAUCCGAGUACGAGCAAUCGAAGUCAUGACAGAAUGGCGACGAGCAAUCGAAGUCAUGACAGAGUCUCGACUUGA